AUGCCAGCCGUCUCCAGUGCCCCUACCCCGGGCCUCUACUCCUUCCGCGACUUCACCCCAGCCCUCACCCAACACAGCAUUCUCACCUGCCGUGAGCGCCUCCCCUCCACCCUCUUGAUUCAGAACAUGAUCGCAUUCUCCACCUACCUCCUCACCAUUGAAAACCGCAGCAACUUCUUCGGCCCACGCAGCAACUCCUCCUACUCCCCGAGUCUGCGCGUACUUCACGCCCGUCUGAUCAACGGCUACAUUGCGCCCUCGCCUCUGCCGUCGCAAUUCCUAACGCCAGCCCACACGGACCUGAGCACGCACGCCAACGUCUUUUCGGGCAAAGUUCAUGAGCGUCCUCUCGCCGACUUCCAGGACCUGUACUACGCGCUGCUGGCACGCAUUCGGGAGAUGCAAAAGCGCAUGUCAGACCAUGUGCGCAGCGGCUUCAGCACACGGGACACCCUGCUCUUCCCGUCUGGUCCCACGUUGGCAAAUCUCCAUGACAUGUUGUUAUCACGCUGGGAGCUGCUAAACAACGCAGCAGCCGGCAAGGCAAUGGACGAGGCGGUCCGGGAGGCACGGAUCCAAUGUAUUCAAGAGGAGAUUGUGGUGCUAGUUGAAAGCAACCUGAUGAGCGGUGAUGAGGCCGAGUUGCAGAUUAUGCAGCUGAGGGAGAAGAAUGUGUAUGAGGCGCAGCCUGGGCUAGAGUGGACACCUGAGUGGGAUCCUGCACUUGUGAAUGCGAAGCUGGCGGAGAAGUAUAGGAAUGUAUUUGAGGAGUGUAGGAAGAUGGACAAGAAGGAGGGAGGAAGAGGGAAAAGAGGCUGCUGCUGCUCCUGUCGAGCAGGCUGUUCGACGUGGUAUCAAUGGACCUGA